CUGAGCUGCGCGUUUCGUACACAAAGCGCGUUAUGGUCACGAAGGCCGCAUAUAGUCAGCUGGCGCUUCAGCGCUUUUUCUCAUAUGAAUUGGGUCACCUAUUUUACCCAGCCAGUUUUGUUUACAAUUUUCAAUUUGAAUACUUGCCGACUUUGCUCCAAAAGCCAGCCACAAAAGACACCACAUAUUUGCUUCGAUUUUAAUUUAAAUGCAUUGUAGUCUUUUAUUUAAACAGUUAAUUUGCCGAACUUAUUCAAUAUUGUUUAUUUAUAGCCCAGCUAUACAACCCAACCUUUAUGCUUCUCUCCUUUUUAUUAAUUUCAACGAUAACUUCAUAACUCUGUUUUUACAAAUUUUAUUUUGCGCUUUUCGCGCGCGUCGUCAACAACGCCGCGGUUGGCGCGCAGCACUAUCGUUUUCAUUCGUCCAUGGGUACAACGUCUGUCAUUUUCUAGAGCUGUUAAUUGAAUUUCAAAACACCGCGAAGUUGUUUGCGCGUGGGUCCCCAGCACCGGCGGACCCGUUUUUCCAGCAUCUGCACGCAUUCAAAGCGCCCAGCCGCACACAAGUGAGCAGAGCAAACCGCGGACCAGCAGAUGUGGAACUAUUUAGAUUAGUUGUCGUGCGCAGGGUAAUUUAACUUGCAAAUGUAGACAUUCCAAGACACUAAAUAGACUUAUACAAUGCCGCAGCGGCAACAACAACAAUGAAGAGUGUAUUAAGGUAUAAAAAAGGUAAGACAAUAAAAAGCCAAAUAUGUACAAUGGUGCGUCCGUGUUAAUAUGCUUCAGAUGCGAUAACGAUGCGUUGGACAACAACUGCAAUAACAACAAUGAAAUAAUUAGCGACCACACCAACAUCACUUUCACUUUCAGGGGACGCUCGUCAACGCCAAUAGCCGGGUGCGUCGUAAUAGCCACAAUAUUUUAGCGGCCCUCAGCGGUCGUCGCGUUUGUGCCGUCAUCGCAGAAGACGCAGAAGAGCGUGUGUGUAAUUCGUGCAACUUCUAUAUUUUUCCGUAUUUAUUUGUAUUCAUUUUUUGUGUGUUUUCCGUUUUUUCUGCAUUCCUUCAGAUCAGCGCGUUAAUUGCCGCCGUCGUCACAGCGGCUAUUCUUCUUCUUCCUCUAAUAUUCGGUUAAUAACAAAGCCACACCGGCAACUGCGGUUUCCCGCCGCACCAAAUCAAGCUCAGCUGCCAGCUACGACGAACAUGACAAAAACGCUUAAGCAACAACGCGUCAGUCAAGCUGCCAGCCAAACCGCAAAUGCGAUAGCCAGCUAACCAGGUUGGUCAAACGGCUGCAGUCAGUGCAAAGUCAGUCAGUCGAGCAGUUCACAGCGAAGCGGUCCAAUACCGCUGCUUCCACUGCCGAAUAUACGUAGUAGUCGAUAUUUUGCAAAGCUACCGCCGCACGUCACUUCAACAUGGAUCCGCUCACAAUUUUGUUGCUUUCGUCCAUCAUCCUGGCGCUUUUGUGCGUACAUUUGCAUCGCAAACAACAAUACUGGGAGGCACAGGGCAUACCGCUGCUCAAACCGUUUCUGUACUUUUUUUACGGCCGUGGUCGCAUUGGCACCGACUGCCAUGCCAUCGAUAUACCUAAUGAAGUCUAUCAGCGUUUUCGCGAAUCGGGCGCGCCCUUAGCGGGCAUGUUCAUGCUCAGCGAUCCCCUAAUCAUAUUACUCGAUUUGGAGCUCAUCAAGCAUGUGUUGAUUAAGGACUUUGCCAACUUCAGUUAUCGCGGCCUUUACCACAAUCUGCGCGACGAUCCGCUGAUGGGUAAUCUAGCUGCAAUCGAUGGCCCUUACUGGAAGCGUCUGCGCGCCAAGCUCACGCCAUCCUUCACAACGGGUAAAAUGAAGUUCAUGUAUCCCACGCUCAUAAAAGUGGCCGAGCAGUUGUCGGGGGUUGUGGAUCGGCGCAUAUCCGCCGAAGGCGUAAUCGAUGUGAAAGAUCUGUCCGCCUGUUAUACCACCGAUGUGAUAGCGAGCUCCACACUGGGCAUUGAGUGUGAUAGUCUGCACAAUCCGCUUGAGGACUUCCGUCUGAUCACCGUUAAGUUCUUCGAGGAGUACAGUGUAACGCGCGAUUUGAUUAGCCAACGUCUGCCACAGCUUGCCAAAUUUUUGCACUGGACCAACACACCGAAAGUGGUCACAGAUUUCUACAUCAAAGUUGUGCGCGACAAUAUAGCCUACCGUGAGGAGCAUGGCAUCGUGCGGCAAGACUUCUUGCAAAUUAUGAUCGAUCUGAUUAAGACAGAAUCGCUCACGAUGGAAGAGAUUGCAGCGCAGGUGUUUGUCUUCAUCAUUGCGGGCUAUGAGACCACCUCGACGACAAUGACAAAUUGUCUGUGGGAACUGGCGGUGAACGAGGACAUACAGGAGUUAGUGCGCGAAGAAAUCGUACAGGUGAUGCAGGACCAUGAUGAUGUGCUCACCUAUGAGUGCCUCAAGCAGAUGACCUACUUGGAUCAGGCGCUCAAAGAAACCCUACGCAAACAUCCAAUUGCGCCCGCAUUGAAGCGCGUCGCUUAUGAAGACUACAAAGUACCGGGAACUAACUAUGUCAUCAAAGCCAACACCACGGUACUCAUACCAUCCGAAGCGAUACAACACGAUCCACGCUACUAUCCAGAACCAGAGAAAUUCGAUCCGUUGCGUUUCACACCCGAAGCCAUGGAGGAACGACACCCGAUGACAUUCCUGCCCUUCGGCGAUGGGCCACGCAAUUGCAUUGGUCUACGCUUCGGGCGCAUGCAAGUGCUCAUCGGUUUGGUAAUGCUGUUACGUAAAUAUCAUUUUAGUGUGGCACAGACUACGCCCAUACCGAUCGUGUACGAUAAAACGAUACUGCUACGUGCGCCGAAGGGAAAAGUAGAGCUCAAGUGUGAGCGCUUGGUUGAGCAGAAAUACGUAGAUCAUGUGGGAAAGGGUGUUGAUGUAGAGUUGGAAAACUUUGCCUCAAGCAUUAGAGUGCGCCGUGAGUAUGAAUACGCAGAUGGCGAGAGAAAUAAAUAGUACUAUUGGAAGUGUAAUAUUUCGGUUGUGAAUUGGUUAAUUUUAAAAUGUGGUGCUGAUGACAGUCACAGUUUGAGUUUGCGUCGUAAGAGACUGCUUCAUAAAGAGAUUGUGAUGAUGAGAAUUGUUUCAGACCGGUUAUGUGUAGGUUGUGAAAAUUGUAAGCGAAAUUAUUAUACAAGUUAGAUAUUUUACCAAGUCGGAAGACGAAAUCGUAGUUGGAAAUAACUGUCCAAGCACAUAAUGUACCUAAACUUAGUAGUAUAGUUACGAGUCCUGUGCACUCGCUUAGUUAGUCUCCUGCUUUAGUGCGACCAAAUAGUUUAACGGUGCUUCCGAACCGCUUACCAAAUACAAGUUUUUUUUGCAUUACCAUAUAUAUUGACACUGCAUAUGCAUAUAUUUUUUACCGUUAUAUCAAUAUACUUACGCAUAUUUUAUUGUUUUUAUAAAUAUUUUAUUCAGAAAAAAACCGUAAUUUUAUAUUUGUAUUUUUCAAAUAAAUUUUUUUGAUUUUUUAUUUUAAAAACAUCGUUUCUCAUACACAAAUUAA